AUGUCGUCUUCGUCUGCAACUGAACCAAAACUAGCUUUCACAUCUUUAUGUAUUUGGCCAGCCUACAAUGUAUUACCUUCUUUCGAUCCCGAAUGCCUCAGUGUUCUAGCUCAUUUUGCUUUUUCUCGAUUGAAUGUUCCUGUUAAAACACUCUCUGGGCGAUUAAUGUUUUAUAGAGAACGUUUACCACUGCUACUCGGUGAUAAUGAUAGCAUACAUCUAGCAGCUGGUUACGAAGCUAUUGUUGAUCAUUGUAAACAAUCGCAUAUCGAUAUUGAUGAAGAAUAUCAUGCCAAUAAUGCUGAUUUACUUGCAUUAACUGCGCUUGUUAAAUCAACAUUUAUACCAGCGGUGCUUGAUACAUUUUGGCUUGAUGAUGCAUAUCGAAGUUCAAUCAUUAAUAUCUAUGCAAAAGCAUUGGGUGGUUUUCCACUCGCAUUCUUCUAUGGUAAACAAAAAACGGAAAAACUUAAAAAUCAAUUUAGCAUUCUUUAUGGAGAAGAUAAUUUUGAACAGACUCGAAAAUCUAUAUUUGAUAAAGGCAAAAACGUUUUGGAUCAUUUAACUGAUGUACUCGGAAAUAAAUCAUUUCUUUUUGGUGCUUGUCCUACAAGCAUUGAUGCCUUAGUUUUUGGCUAUUUGGCUCCAUUAAUUCAUGGUCCAGCAUCGAAUGGUGCUCUUGCACGUUAUGCGUCAAAUAGAAAAAAUCUUCGUGAUUUUGUUGAUCGAAUAUUAACAGUAUAUCUUGGUGAUUUGCCGAGAGAUAUUGUUACAACUAAUUCUACAACAACAACUGCGACAUCGACAAGUCCUGGUGAAGAUCGUCUUCGAGAUAAAGUAGCAGUGAUUACUGUGGGUCUAUUAACCAUGUGUGCCUAUGCAUAUCUAUCCGGACUUAUUCGUAUUGAAAUAAAUGAAGUUGAAUGA